UGAGGUUAAAGCAUUGCAUUGCAUACAAUAUGGCAUUCAGGGAUAGACAACACAACGUCUUUUCCAGAUGUGGAGGCUGCCUAUGGUCGCUGAGACUGAGCAGAAUUUUAGAACUCUUUUCGCAUCAGCCUUUUGCAGUCCACCCAUCUGCAAACCUCGGAGCACAAGUUUGUGUACAUGCCCCAGACUUCCGAACACAACUAUGAUUAAUUGGCAGUUAUAUCCUAGAGCUGUGAUACAUUCUACCAAUGGCUGGUAUUUCAUGAAUUUGGAUGUGAAGCAAGUGUCCAUAUACAGAUCAAACGCACAGCCUAUUUCAAAGAUGGUAACUGAUUUUCUGGCUUGGUUAAUGAAAACAAUGUCCGGGGUGUUUGGGAUGUUAUACAGUAUGUUGUUAUCAGUACAAUUAUGAUCAAACCAGUUCAAUUUCACAGUGCUGUGCUUAUACAUGUGUGUUGUUCUGUCCUGUACUUGUCUGAGUUCUUGUGAGACCAAGUCCACCAGACGGUCAUGUCUGGCGAUGUACAGUCCUUUGUAAAAGCUACAGCCGUUUAGGAUAUGAGCCAUUGUCUCUUUAUUGUCUGGGGUGGGAUGUAGGAUGCAGUGUGGGUUGUGUUGCGAUGGAUAGCAGAUUGCCAGGUUGUAUUUUUUUGGCAAUACCUGUAAGCGGGCCUUAAUGCAAAAGAUAAGGACGUCCUCUCCAAUGGUCGUGUUUGAGAGGAUUGAGUGGGACACAGAGUGGUUUGCAAAGGGUAGCAGUGCCAGUUUGCCCUGCAGGCUUAAGCUAGUCCAAUGCUGCGCACUCUCUUCUACUUUCAUUCUUAGCAUUGUGGCUCUCGCUGUUUUGAUUGACAGCUCGUGUUGCCCAUCUUCCUGUUCAAAGGUCGCGCAUACAUUGAUGAGCGGGUCCAUGACAACAGAGUUCAGUGCAACAGGUGUACCAUCGGGCCCCGCCCACUUCAGAUUUAUUCCUGAGCGGUGGCACAGGUCAUUGAGAUCCAUCCAGUCUGACCGCACACCGAAGCCUGCAGUUCUGAUGUCCAGUUUUCCAUUAUCUUUUAUUUUGAAUCCGAGGAAUUGCCGCUCAUUCUCCUUCGCAGGUGGGAUUUUGCGUCGCUGCAUAUGCAGGAGGAGUGAUUCACGGGCCAUUUCCCGGACUGUCACGUCGUCGCAGUUGAGCAUCUUGAGGAGGUGGUUGGUUCUGGUGGCGGUGUAGACCCACUCAAUGUUUGGGACUCCGGGACCUCCAUCUCCGCGGGCUUGGAAGAUGAUGUCACGGGUCGAGUGGGUGUUUAAGCCAAGCCAUUUCCUCACCAGGCUCACCGUCUUGUUUGUCAUCUCUGUGAGGAUGUUCUGAGGUCACCUACCAAAUCUAUGGGCCCGUUGGCUGUGUCACCGUCAGCAGUUACCAGGGACCGUCCUGCUGUCGCCUCUACCCACCACGGGACCACCACCCUCUCCGGCUACCCACCACGGGACCACCACCGUCACCGUCAGCAGACGAUUGAUCUGGACUCAAGCUGUAGGCCUACCAGUCAGAUGAGUAACUCAGUGGAGGAGGCCUGUCCUUUGUGGCUCCAGCCUUCAUGAGGAGAGAGAAGCCCGGCCAGGUGAGAGUCUGCUCACCUGAAGAGACAGACUCUGAGGAGGAGCAGCUCUGGACCUCUGGAUUGACCGGUACAAAGACAUUUACAAGACAUUUCUGGAAGGGGUGCUCGAGUGUGGAAGCCACCAACAGUCAGACAGGGGUCUCUACAACAGCCCAGUACGUCAGAUGCAGUUUCUUUACGGAGUCUCUCAGGGCGGGGCUGGAGUGACCAGGAGGUCUCUGGAGGGCCCACUCCUUCUCAUCCAGAGAUUGACCCCUCCGGAGGAGGAGUAGAGAGGGGCUCUGCAGUCCAGGAGGAGGUCUCAUUGGGUUAGCUCUGAUCCCACCACUGCUUCCCUGCAAUAACACCUUUUUGUGCACGUAUAGUCUGUAACUGUGUGUGUGUGUGUGUGUGUGUGUGUGUGUGUGUGUGUGUGUGUGUGUGUGUGUGUGUGUGUGUGUGUGUGUGUGUGUGUGUGUGUGUGUGUGUGAAUCAGUUAUCCAUGAACAUAUGAAGGGCUCAAGUGUUUAUUCAAGAGAGACGAACCUGAGAAAUGUUCUCAGAGUUAACUACCAAGAACCGGAAGUACCUAAGGAUGACGACUACUUCUUCUGUGAUGAGUGUAGGACUUUCUUCCUCGAAGAGUGCGAGGUCCACGGUCCUAUCGUCUUCGUGGCUGAUCGAUCGCCCCGUUGCUGUCAGAGAGAAAGACCGAGCCAAGAAGACGCUGCCCGCUGGGUUUGAGAUCAGAGAUUCUGGGAUCCCUGGGGCCGGUCUAGGGGUGUUUUACUGUGGAGACGGUGGCCUUCCCAUUGGAACACACUUUGGACCCUACGAAGGACACAGGACAGAUGAAGAGGGAGCCCUGGAGAGUGGAUACUCCUGGGAGAUCUACAAGAGCAGACACAAUGAUUACAUUGAUGCAAAGAGAGAGACACUUUCUAACUGGAUGAGGUACGUCAAUUGUGCUCGUAAUGAAGAGGAACAGAACCUAAUAGCGUUUCAGCACAAAGGAGGAAUUCCUUAUCGCACCUGUGGCCUCGUGACUUCAGGAGCAGAGCUCUUGGUCUGGUAUGGGGACGAAUACGCCAGACAUCUGGGAAUCGGAUUUGAUCGACUGUGGAACAACAAGAGCUCUACUAAAGGAGGGAGAUCCCAGCUGACACCAGCACAGGCUUUCCCCUGUCCCGAGUGUCCGUACUCCUACACGUCUCAGAUCUUCCUCCACAAACACAUGAAGAGGAGCCACGGCGACCUGUACGGCCGACUGCUGAGGAGUGGAGAAAUCAAGGUGGAGCCUAGUCUCCUCCCAUACGUCGCAGCCUCCUAUCAAGAACCAAUCGGAGCCUCCCCGGGAACCAUCCAAAGCACGAGCCAGAUUCCAGCAGAAGGAGCCGGCGCCACAGAUGUGAGAAGUGCAGUAAAACCUUUAGUCGCUCUCAUAGUCUGAAGGUACACCAGCGCAUCCACACGGGAGAGAAACCAUACCACUGUCAACAGUGUGGGAAAACAUUUAGUACAUCUGGUAGUCUGAAGAGUCACCAGAGGAUCCACACGGGAGAGAAACCAUACCACUGUAAACAGUGUGGGAAAACAUUUAGUCAAUCUGGUCAUCUCAAGAGUCACGCACAACUUCACAGAGGAGUCUCCACCCAAACAACCAUGUGAAGAAACUAAAUGGUUCCCAGACAUCUGUUAUUCAAAUCUAAUCGAACAUGGUUCUUGCUGUUAUAUGUUAAAAGGGCACAUGAACGGUUAAUUGUUUAUCUUAUCAACUUUAUGUAUUUAUUUAUAUUCUGUGUCUGUAUGAGUGAAGGUUUUUACCCGAAAAAUGUUCAGAAGAAAAAUAGUUUGAGAGAUAUAAUGUUAACUGAAUUAUUCUCUGACGUCAUUGUUAUAUUUAUUUCAUUUGUAUGUAUUUAUUUAUUUAUCCUGUAGAAAUUCAAAUAAAAUCAGAUAUGCAGUGUGGAGAAGUCUGGUUUUGUCUGGAUAGAAUAGAAGCAGUCCGACAUGUUGGUGAAUUAUAUUUGAUAUGCUGUUAUGUAUAACGUAGAAUUCAAAGGAUGAGCUGAGGUCCCGUUACUGACCACCAGAGGGAACCACAGCUCCACGAAGAUGUUCCCCUUCCCCGGAUUCAGUGACAUUUUGAAUUAAUUAUUGAUAAUUAUGUUUCAAUCUCCCAUUAAUAAUUACUAUUCACCGUCCUUCAAUGGAAGUGAGAAAAAAAGGAUGUCUGAUUUAAACCGUUGAAGAGGCCUGUGAUUUGGUAGGCUAAUACAGUGAACAAAUGAUCGAUAUAUCAACCAGUGGCGGUGGGUCAAUAGAGGGCGCUAGGGCGCCGCCUCUCCGUGAAAUAUUCACUUCAAUAUACAAAGCUGCAAACUUGUCGCUUUCCUGCGACAAUCGCCGUUUUCUUGGUCUAUUUGGUCAUUCACGU